AUGGAGGUCGAGGCACUGCCGGACGAGGUCCUGUUCCACAUCUUCUCCCUCCUCACCCCCACCUGCCUGAGGUCCGCGUCCCUGGUCUCGCACCAGUGGCACCAGGUGGCGAAGGACAACUGGGUGUGGAAGAGCAUGUGCGAGAAGGCGAAGCUGACGAUGAACUCGGCCAACCGCCGCAAGUUUGAGAAUGACUGGCGGGCAUGGUACCAAGCCGUGCAAGAGGGCAGCUUUGACAUCCUCGAGACGGACGCCGACUCAAGUGGUAUAGAGGUCUAG